AUGGAUAAUUUAAAAAAACCAAAUAAUUCAAAAAAGAAAAAAGAACAAUUAUCAAAAAAUAUCCUUGAAACUUUAGAAAAAAAAAAGGAAUGUGAGAAAAAAGCAUUGGACAUUGUGAUUGAGUUAAUCGAUGGUGGAUUGGAAGAAGCGGACUUGUUAAAUAAGCUGCAUUCAAUUAAUCCUUGCCACUAUGAAGAUGUAGUAGAAGAAAGAUUUAUAUUAAAACAAUGUGGAUAUUUUAUGUGUGAAAAGAAGUUGGAGUAUAUACCAAAUCAAAAGUACAAGAUAUCAUUAGCCCUCAAAAAGGUAUAUGAUAUCACAGAAAGGAAGAAAUUUUGCUCCAACAUAUGCUUUAAAAGUUCAAAAUAUUUACAAAAUCAAUUACUUACCACACCACUGUGGUUGCGCGAAAAAGAUACAGUACCAACAUUUAAAUUAUUAAAUGAUACCAAGACUGAUCUUGAAGAACAACUUAACAACUUUAGUUCUCUUAACAUUAAAAACUAA